CCAACACUGUUUCAACGCGAACUGUACAGCACUGGCGCCAGCAACGCUAUUAUCGCUAGAAUCAUUUUCGUAGCUGAGAAAAUUGUGUUUUACUGCUUAAAAGUCUAAAAAAAAAAGCAUAUAAAAUGCCUAAAGGUCGCGUGAGCAGCGUGUGGCAGCACUACGAUAUCAAUGAGGAGUGCGAAAACUUUGCGAUAUGCCGCUAUUGCGGCAACAAUAUAUCGCGUGGGGGAAUGGCCAGCAAUUUGAAGGGCAACAAUACGACUAAUCUGUGGACGCAUCUGCGUCACAAGCAUAGCGACCAAGUUCUAGUGAGCCCCGUGCAGCAGAAGUCGCCACGGGUCAUUCCGAUCAUAAAGAAAGACAAAGCGGUGAGGAUAACCAAGGCCAAGCAGCUGCGCGAGCCGCUGCGGUUGGCCAAGCCGAAGAUAGAGCCCAAUUCCGGAUCAUUUAUAGUGGCCACCGAGUCCGGUGCCCUGCCUCAGAAGUGGGAGGAGUACGAGCAGACAGAUGAGAUCAGCGAGGACAUCAAGGACAUUAUAUACAGCGAAGACCCGCUCUGCUAUAGCCCCAUACAUGUCAUGGAGGACGAAGCCUUCGAGGCCGGUGACAAAGUUACUGUCUUGAAUACAACAGGGACCUCCGGUACCGGCGGAAGGGCCAGUGUCUCGGCCCCAGUAGUGGCCACCGUGGUGGCUGCUCCAAACAAUUCGGCCAAGCAGCUAAAGAACAACUUGGAGACUUCGAUCGACCGCCUAACCACUGUUAGUGAGCAACUAAGCUACAUAAUUCAGCAAAAUCACGAGGAGCUGGUCAAGGACGACGACUACUUUUUCGCACUCAGCCUGGUGCCUGUCAUGCGCCAGUUGUCGCUCACCCGGAAGCUCUUUGUCCGAUCGAUGAUCACAGAACUUCUCUACAAGGAGGCUCAGGAACCGACUCCUCCUGCCUCCAAGGAGGAAUGAAGUCUAAGUGCAAAGAAAACGAUAAAUAGAAGUUUGGAGCAUUAGCUCGUUAAUUGUAAUUAGAUUAGUAUUUGAUACAUUUUUUAUGUAUUCAAUUAUUUACCCUCACGUCAUAAGUGCAACAGAUUAUUUCAAUUUUAAAUGGCAAUUUCAUUUCCCAAUUACGUAUUUGAUCCAAAUCUAUAUUUCAGAAAUAAAGUCUCUGACAUAGUAAUAAA